AGAUAAGAUCUAUAUGACAAAUUUUGUUUUCCAAAAUACUUUGUACUGAUACUUAUUGGAUCUAAGAAGCAUUAUUUAUGCUUAGCAAAAUUUAAACGAAUUACAUUUAUAUGUCAAUCGCUUUGCAUAUUUGGAUAAUAAAGUAUAAACUACGUUAUAUACCGAUAUACAUAAAAGGAUAAUGCCUUAUAGAGUGAUUGAAAUGACACGGACGAAAAUGUUCGUACCUGAAGGUGAAGAACUUGCUAAACAUCUUCAAGAUGGACUUAGGCAAAAUUUCGAAGAGGCCACAGUUGAAUGGGUCGAUUGUCCGGAUCUGACUCAAGAACCCUUUAAUUUUACCGCACCUGGAUUAUGUGGUGAUGAGAUGCUAUUGGAAAUUGGUGGUAUGUCGCAACUGUUUCCACGUCCGCGGAGAAUGGUCACUAAUAAUUUCAGCGAUAUCUUAGAAAAAACAUAUUUUAGAUACACUACUGACCACAUUAAUGCCUCAAUAAUCGGAGCUGGUAUUGGUAUACGACCGAAUCUACAAUUUGGCGAGCUUUUCGUAAACGCGUCAUAUUCACACUCACAAGUAUCUGAAGAUUCAUACAAUCUCAAUAACCAAAGCCGCCUGGCGUUUCUGGAUCGAGCAACGGGAAGAUGUGCAUUGGAAUCAAUAACUGAUAACAGCAAACUUUUUUGCUAUCCACAUGGCAACUUCUUUAUCAGCAGAGGGAAACCAGGAAAAGUCCUCAAAGUGCACGCUAAGAAAUGUAUUGAUUCUCAUUUUUUAAUUUCAAUGGAAUCUAUCCUUUAUCGAUACUCUGUUAAUAUUAAUCCUGCUAAAUUUAUCGGUUUAGGUGGUACAUUUGUGAUGAAAAAUGGAAGAGCCAGAACGCACGUCAUGCCAUAUUCUUGGAAUCAUCAAUUAAAUACGGGAGAAGAUAUUAAUGAUUGGCUUCAUUAUUCCGAUUUAAAAGCACCUUUAGUAGCAGUUGGCACGUUUAUUAGCAAUAGUUCAUAUUAUGAAAAAAGUUGUCAAAGUUCUGGUAGAAUUGGAUAUGCUCUUACUCAAAGCCAUUUUCACGCCUAUUCCUCUUGUGGGAUAGGUGGACACUUUUACAAGGAAAUCCAUCCGAUGAAAGAAGUAGAGUAUUUGGGAUAUUUUAAGCCUGCGAGAAUAUUUACUCAUUUAGAUCCACAACCAAGACACGAUGGAUUGCAAGACUUUACCGAUAUCAUGUUAUUCUGGUGACCAAUCGAUAUUGUUUGAAUUUAAUUUUAAUGAGAACAUUAAUGGUAAUGCGAUUUAUGCGUUGUUUUAAAAAUAUUUAACAUAUAAUGUUAAUUUAUCUUUUUUUAUAAUAUCUCAUGUAUUUUUUUUAUAAUUUAUUAUUAUUCUUACUUUUAUUUUUUUUUAAUCUAGCAAAAAAUAUGCAUUGUGUACUUAUAGCUAUAGCUCGAUAAAAUUCCAGUUUUUACUUUGAAUUUAAAACGAUGGGAAAUAAAAUAUAAAAAUUUGUAUAUCUGUUAAAAUGAAAUUAUUAUUAAAUCAAAUAAUUAUAUCACUUUUUAUUUCUCGAUGAUUUAACAAAAUAUGUUAGAAAUAUGCUUAUAUGUGAUACAAUAUAGUAAAGAAUAUUUUAAUCUUUCGUUAAUAAUAAAUUA